AUGUAUAGCCGCGAUUUAGUGCUGUUCAUUUUGUUUUUAACGAUUCGUGUUGCAGCUGUCGCCACAAACCCAUCAACUGAUGGGUUGAGAUGCGAGGUGCGCGCGCACAUCGACUCCGGCUGGCUGUGUGGUCUGCGCCUGCCGGGGGAGUAUGACAAGGAGUACGCCAGCUUCAGAGGCAUCCCGUAUGCUCAGCAACCAGUGGGCGCAUUGCGGUUCAAGGAGCUCCAGCCAGUGAGGCCGUGGCCUCUCCACCUGGACGCUACACGGGAGGGUCCUAUCUGUCCGCAACAUGACGAGCUCUACGCGCGAAUGGUGCAACCACAAGUGGGCAUGAGUGAAUCCUGCAUCUACGCCAAUGUACAUGUACCCAUGGAAGCUCUCCCUGUAGUGGAAAGAGUUCAUGACCAAGACUAUCAUGUACAUCAUUUAAACAAUAGGACCAAGAAAGGUGUUCCAAUCUUAGUGUUUAUUCAUGGUGGAGGAUUCCAGUCGGGAUCAGGAGACACUGAUCUUCAAGGUCCAGAGUAUCUAGUUAGCAAGGGGAUUAUGGUCGUUACUUUUAACUACAGGAUCAACGUUUUCGGGUUUCUUUCGCUAAACUCUCCAAUAAUCCCUGGCAACACUGGUCUUCGGGAUCAGGUGACGCUGCUACGAUGGGUGCAAAGAAACGCGAGAGCUUUUGGCGGAGACCCCGAUGACGUCACGUUGGCAGGGCAGAGCGCCGGCUCAGCCUGCGCACAUCUGUUGUCCUUGUCUAAAGUAACGAAGGGACUUUUUAAAAGGGUGAUCCUUAUGAGCGGUACGGCAAUACCUGCAUUUUUUACUGCCUCUCCAAUUUAUUCCACCUUUGCUGCCACCAGAUUCCUAUCAAUCUUAGGGAUUAACUCUACAGAUCCCGACGUCAUCCACGAUCAACUCAUUAACACUCCACUGGAGGAUAUCGUAAAUGCUAAUAGUCAGUUCCAAUACGAGACAGGGUUGGUAAGCUUCUCUCCUGUCGUUGAAGGAGUGUACCCAGGAGUCGAGCGAAUCAUAGACGACGAUCCAAUAAGACUUAUAAAGCAAGGCCGAGGAAAGGACUAUCCACUGAUUGUCGGAUUCACAAAUGCAGAGUGCGAGUUUUUUAAGAAGAGAUUACUAUAUUUACGAAUGAUAAGGCGCAUUGAGGCAAAUCCUCUUCUAGUUUUACCUGUUCGCAUACCAUUCUCAACUGCUCCAAAUGUAGCCUUUGAACUGGCCCAAAAAGUGAUACACCGGUACUUCCAUGGAAAAUUAAAUAUAGAUGAUUAUUUAGAAGUAUGCAGAGAUACGUUUUUCUCGUAUCCUGCGUUCAAGGUAGUUGAAUGGAGAGCCGAGAUGGAUGCGGCACCGGCUUUCCUAUACAAGUUUUCAUAUGAGAGUAUAUUUAGCGCCGUGAAGGCAGGUGUGAACCUCAACUACCGCCGCACUGCUCACGUUGAAGACUUGACUUACAUCUUCCGCGAAAAUGCUAUUCUUGGUGACGAGAAGUCGUUUCCGCCUAAAAAUCAAGACGAUCUUAUGAAAGACUGGAUGACAGAUUUCUUUGUCAACUUUAUGCGAUGCGGUAAGCCAACUUGUGGAUUCAGAGGCUGGCUUUCAGUUCGAGCGAACGUCUUAAACUACCAAGCCAUCGACAAACCAGCUAUUCUCGAAAAUACGAUACCUACCAAAUACGAGCAUGACAUGAUCGAGUUCUUCGACAAGAUCGAACAGAUAGCCAGAAAUGCUUCGUUGAACGUCCUCCUCGACCCUGUAAUUACGCCAACGUGAUGGAAACGAGACGAACUACCUUCGAUGGUCACUGCUAAUAUUGAGGCAGGUCCUUUAAAAGAUAUAACUUCAGAUUGGCAAUUUUUUGUACAAUUUAUUUAAGUACAGUAUUUAAGUACCUAAAUGGAAAUGUCAAAAAUAACUUUCAG